CCCGAUUCAAUUCAGUGUCGGCGGAGCAGUAGAACAGUGCGAGCGCCAUCAUAUCACCACCUCCUACCUCUUCUUCGUCUUCUCGUCACAUCCUCCUCCUCCUCCUCCUUCUCCAAUUCCUCCAUUCGAUUUUCGGAUUGUGAUCAAUACACACACCAGAGAAACAGAUGGAGAUGAAGGAAUUCAUCAUGAAUCUGGAACUGUCUGUGAUUUGAAACUAUCAGUAUUAACAUUAACGCGUCGUGUAUUCGUGUCGCCUUAUUUCAAGAAAAAUGUCGCAUUCAGCAGUAUUGAAGUCUUCCAACUGUUCAGUGUCCUCCUGUUGUCGCUUACAGUAUCUCAGUCAGCUUCUGAAAUGAUGUGAGAGGCUGUUCUACAGCUGAGGCUGGUGGUUUUCUAAGAUCUAGAGUCUUUGAAAGCGAUAUUCUGAAGGUUAUUGUGAAAUUGUAACCUAAGAAUGUUGCUGUGAAAGCUGCCAAGUCUCUCUGAUCGAUUUCUGGCAGUGUUUGUGAUGCAAUUACUGAAGAUUGUGAUUUUGUAAAAACCAGAGGCCAGAGAGUAAUAUUCUGUCAGUGUUUUCUUGAGUUACGGAUGUUUCUCUGAGCAUCGCGUGUUGUGUGACAAUAAUAAAUUACAACUGGCUCCUUAAUGCACCGUUCGCCAGCACAAAGGGUCCCAAAGGUGUCCAAAUUGGCGUGAAUCCUGCGCCCUCUCUGCAAGAUAGCAUACUAAGGCUACCUGGGUCAACAGCAAUGCUGCACCAGCGUCUGAGGAUUCCGCUGACAGCUGCAGCCUUCUGACUUCAGGGAAGACAGAGCAGCAACGCUACCACUGACAUUCCACGUUAUCAUCCAUCUAUCAUCCACAGGCACACGGAUGUCCCGAACCAGUUUCAUCCAUGUGAUACCCCGGUGCUCGUCGCUGAGCAGACUUCGGUGGUAUAGCCUCUGCUGCCGGUGUGGUUCCUCCUCCUGCGGCCGCGACUGCCUGUACCUGAGAUCCUGUGACCCGUACCGCUUCCUCAUGUUCUCUAGGACACUCGCGGGCUUCAUAGUGGCCGGGGUGGUGCUGACGGUUCUUGUGAUAAAGAUCUUUGCUGGAACCCGGACGAACCCGAGCCUCCCCGCCGUCGUGGCCGACUAUGAGGACCACUUCGCCAUCGACGUGGUCAUGGGCGUGGAAGGGGGCGUGGGCGAAGCGGGCUGGAGGGCGGCAGCAUGCCCGCCCCACCAGGAGACGCCGCCCUUCCCCGUCAGGUUGCCCAAAUUCAACGCCUCGUCCGAGGCCCGGAAUAUCUUCUUCCUGGAGACAACUUGCGCCUCCGCCCUCAAUGCCAAGAUGGCCUGCGCCGUGGAAAGCGCGGCAGUCCACCACCCAGACUACUAUGUCCACUUGGCCCUGACUUCCACCCACGUGGGCAGCACUGACGCCAUCAUCCAGGCACUCUCCACCCACCAGAACAUCCUGAUAACGACGCUGGAUGUGGACGACGCCAUCCAGGGAACCGGGAAGCUCAACCGCUGGCUGAAGGAGAUGGAGUGGGCCAGGGGAACAGACUGGGCGGGAAUCAACCUGUCGGACGCCCUUCGGCUUGGCGUCGUCUGCUCAGUCGGAGGAACGUACCUGGAUCUGGACAUGUGGAUAGUGGCGCCGCUUCCGCCCAGCGACACCUGGAUAGGGAGGGAAAAGUGGGACCAACUGUCUAACGGCGCCUUCAGAAUGCCAAAGGACCACUGGCUGUGCAAAGAGGCCACCAAGGAACUGACAGAGCACUUCAAGAAGAACGUUUGGGGCCACAAUGGCCCAGGGGUCUUUCAGAGAGCUGUCAAGAACAUCUGCAACAUCCACAACAUCUCAGACCAUCAUCAUUGCAAGGAUCUGGUCAUGCUAGAGCCGUCAACCUUCUACCCUCUGCACUGGAAGCGCUGGGAAGACCUGUUCGUGGCUGGUGGCAGCAGCGUUUGGGCUUGGGGUCAGAACACUGUGGGCAUCCACCUCUGGAACAAGUUCAGCCGGGGAGCUCCCUUGCUCCCAGGGGAUGGCUCGAUCGUCGACUUGGCUUCCAAGAAGAACUGUCCGAAGGUUUACGCCGCCGUCAGGCAGAUCAGGAAGCUGAGAGAACACCUGCAGAGGAACAAAUCGAGGCAUUUGUCAACGAAGCACAAAACGUAGAGUGAUGGUUCUCAGUUGACGUGCCAAACUCGUACCGCUGUAUAUUUAUAUUAGCAGUCGCCGCUCGAUAGCAAAUGCAGAAGGAAAGGGUGAAUCAGACCGGAGCAUUCUUCGCGUAAACAAUUAUUUUUUGGUCUUCAGACAAUCACAGAUAUGCAGUUUAGUGAUGGUGGUUGUAAGGGUUGUGUAAGUUUCAUACUUCAGGUUCAGAAACACUGAGAGACCAGGAAAACGUUGAAGAAUGUUCAAUAACUUGUAAUUUAUAUUUACUGAGAAAUUUGUUGUGCUAUAUAUAUUUGAGAAAUAAUCCUUUAAAAGAAAGGAGAAUGGACGAUUUUCAGUGCCAAUGUCUUGGUCUUCUAAUAGGUAUAGAAAUAGGCUAUUUUUCUGUUGAUUUUUUAACAUAAUUUUGCACUAAAACUUGACAGUUAUUUUUGUAUGACGUUUGUCAGUUUUUGGAAGUUUCGGAUUAGUUACUCCUCAGAUUAACCAAAGAAUGAGUGACGGGGCAGUUUUUCCUUGCUUCUGACCGUGCAGAAAGGAGUGUGUAUCUCUGAUAGAAUUGCUGCCGAGCAUUUGUGCUGUCAGAAGCUCCACUAACCUCUGCUCUUCAGUAAAAAGUGCGAGGACUAAUCGGAUUCAGGGCUGAAUUACUCGUUCUGAGAUCUCAAGCAGUGGAGCUGGAUCCAAGACUUGACAAUGGUUUAACGAGCUGAGAAUCCCUCCAACUAACCGGAAGACGAAGAAAGCUGACCAGCCCUCCGUCAAGUCUGCGUGACUCGGCGACUCGGACCGCAUUAUAUGAUUGUGAGAGUGUAUAUAUAUGACUUAUUUUUAGAACUAUUAUUUUUCAUCCAUUACCAUUACUCUGUCAGUCCCCCAGCUGGCUGGUGGGUAUACAGAGAAAUGUUGUUUAUACAUUGUUGUCUCUUGUAGUAGGAUAAGGCACUGUCCCGACAAACCUCGCUCUCUAAGCGCCCUUCUCAGUGGCUCCCUAGUCCCGUAUAAUUUCUGUGUUUUUUUUAUUUAACGAACAGUAGCAGCAAAGGAACUGAUGGUGAAGUUGGUUUUGACUUGGAAACGUCAGAGGGAACAGCAAAUAGUGGUCUAUCUGUGUGUGCCAUUUGUGUCAAACAAGUUAUAUCUUUUAUAAACUCUUUGCAUACAGAAGCAUGACAUUGACAUAUCACAGGUUGUUUUGAAGUUAUUGUUUUCUACAAAAAUCACUGGUUAUGGCCUGAUCUUAUUUAAACUACAGCAACAUCAUCUUGUUUACGAAGCGACUUCACUCUCGUGUAAUCAGAUGAAGUGACAAUCAUGAACAAUCCUAAGAAACAACGCCUCAGUUGUGAUCUUGAAAGCUCAAAUAUUCAAACAAAAUCAUCACCAAGUGUGUGACUGUUUUGUUAGCAAUAGCUAUGCAGUUACAAUCACUUCCACUUGCCUGUUAUUGUUGUUGUUGAAUUGUCUCAGAAAUUUUAUCUUAAAAUCUUAUUUAAAAAAACCAGGAAUACAGGUUAUGAUACAUCACUUUGUAACUCUAGAAUACAGUAGUCUAAUUUUUUUCAUUUACACGUAAGACAUUCAUAUUCCAAUACAAGUUUUGUAUCGUUUUGCUUGUGGCACUGAGUGACUGUAGUGCUUACAUUGUCCCGAAACAAGAGAAAAGAGCUGUUGUCAUUAUGAAAUCCCUUCGCUUCUCUAAGACUACACAGUAUUUCCUCAUAAACAAAUAUUUAUUUUGGGGUAAGGACUUCAAAAGAAAGAUGAUUUGACAUUUAGGACCUCUUAUUCCAAUGAUUUUAUUAAGACAAAUGUCUACAAGAAGGUUUGUUCGUGAAAUCAGGUUCUGUUACUUCAAAUGGAUGACCCUGAAGAGACUACUGAUUUAUUGUUAUUACAAUUUUUACAUGAAAUUCAAUCCUUAGGUUUCUCCUUUAAGGAAAUGAACGUAGGACCAUGUUUCAAGUCUUUAAUUUAAGCUGAGAUGCAGGCCACGCCCCCUGCGCAUGGUAGAGUUUUCAAACACUUCCAGAGAGGGACUGUUCGGUUCUGAAGGAAAGUGUUUGGCAACUUAAUGGCUGUCAUUGACAGAGAGAGUUUUUGCCAAUUUAUUGUUUGUCAUUGUUGGAAAAGUUUUGCCAGUUUAUUGUCAUUGACGGAAAGUUUUUUUGGCAGCUUGUCUAAGGGACAUGUUUGAUAAUUGCCAAAUAUACCAAAGGGCGGGUAUUAAUAUUGGUCAGCCACUUACUGUCUGGCAACGUUAGUAACUCUGCCAUCCAGGGGACGUGGCCUCUUGUUAAGUCACCAUGAAAGAGGUGUGUUUCUUGCCCCCGACUGACAGGUGUCAAGGUGCCAUCUGAUUAGAAGAACCUGAGUCAUUCCACUUGUGUCAGUAUUUUCGAAGUGUGUAUAAUCGUUGCCUUGUAAGAAUAAUAAUCAGUAUUUAAGGUGUGUAAUGGUGUAUAAUCACUUGUGUAUAUCUCAGUAUAAUCAGGAUUCGUAAGACUGCUUUUAAGUGUCGCUGACUUUUGUUAAUGUUAAUCUUGUUUAUUUUUACUUUUUUCAUUUUCUUAACCAUUUCCAUGACGAAUAAUAUUCUAAUCAUUAUGGUUCUACUUUGAAAAUGGUUGAUGUUAUUGUGAUAUCUUCAACUUCUAAGAUAUUUCGCGUUGUCCCCAUACCCUGAGUUCAGUUGAGCAAAGCAAAAUGUAAUUCUAUCUGUCUUUUCCUCAGGUAAGUUACGCUUAAAGAAUUCUUGUUAUGCUCGUUACCUUUCACACGUUUUAUAUUCUCGUUAGGUGAAAGAUUCGUCAAUUCUGAGGUUGACUAGCUACAUAGCUCGUGUGACACAUCCACUGUUCGUAUCAUCGGUUUUGCAAUCCCAGAACAGAGAGUCAGUAUUCUAUGUGAGAUUCUUUAUUUAAAGAUAAUUUGACGUGGCCCUCCCAACUCUUUGCCACCUAUUCGCUUGUUUCCGACUUAUCAAGAGCAUCAUGGAUUGCUUCUCUUGGAAAUAUCUGGUAACUGUGGAUGAGUUUUCUGGAAGCAUUUGGCAACUCUUCGAAGCCUGCCAUGAGGCGCUUGACAGUGAAACAGUAGGUGAACUGAUUAAGGUCCUGUCAUUUAAUCCUUGACUUUCAAGAAGCUGUUGGUAAACUGAUUAGGGUCUGUCUUCUAAGCUUUGACUCUUGAGAAACUAAUGGCAAACUGAUUAUAGGCUGUCUGCUAAGCUUUGUUAAUUAGGAAACAGCUGGUAAACUAAGGGGCUGUCUGCUAACUUUUGACAUUUAGGAAACUGCUGGCAAACUGAUUAGUCUGUAAGGCAUUGACAUUUAGGCAACUAGGUAAGCUGAUUAAGAUCUGCCUGCUAAUCUUUGACUUUUAGGAAGCUGUUGGUAAAUUGAUAAGGUCUGUCUACAAAUCUUUAACAUUUAGAAAACUGCUGGUAAGCUGAUUAACAUCUACCUGCUUAUCUUUGACAUUUAGGAAACUUGGUAAGCUGAUUAGGAUGUGCCUGCUAAUCUUUGACAUUUAGGAAACUUGGUAAGCUGGUUAAGAUCUGCCUGCUGAUCUUUGACAAUUAGGAAACUUGGUAAGCUGAUUAAGAUCUGCCUGCUGAUUUUUGACAUUUAGGAAGCAGUUGGUAAACUGAUUAGGAUCCGCCUGCAAAUUUUGUUUAUUCAUUUUUGAGGAGAGUUUUGGUAGGUACAUAGCACCCAUCUAGUUACCAGUCAAGGCUUGUUUGGAAACAUCUGAUGGCUAUUCUGCCUACGGGAAUCCUGACAACAAUCCAAGCUUCGAGCAACCUUUUGUCGUAGCGUAGACUCACAUGCUUGUGAUUUUUUGUGUAGUUUGUGUCCGUGUGGUAGUGCGUACUAUACACCAAGGAGACUUUAGUGUCGUCUUAGAAAACUAAAAAUAUAUGUAUAAUAAAGCCAUAUUAGACUAGACUUGGUGACGUAGAGUAACGUAGACGUGACAACAUGAGGUACCCCGCAACAUGAACACAUCGUGUCUGUCCAAACCGUUUUACAACUUGUGUCGUCCGUAUUGGUUUCAGUCAUUUCAUCCUUGAAACGUUAAUUAGGACCUGUGUUGAUCCACAGGUGAAACUGACAUUUAAGUUUGUUGGCAUUGUUUGCUAAAAAUUACUUGUUCUGAGUUUGUACAAACCUGAGGCGAAUGGAAAGGUCCUCCUGACAUGCAAAGUCUACUGUAUAUAUAUAUAGACGAUUUGUUGAUUUCUGUUUGAAAUACAGUAAGGAAAGAAGGAGGUUGUUGUUGCUGUUGUUCUUCUUCUACUUGUUAAUAAUGCAGAGUAUGAUAGUGACCAGGGACUAUUUAUUUUGUAAAAGAAAGAAAAACGGAACCCUCCAUCUUUGCUUCCCUCUCAUACUAAUUAAAUCCAGUGUUUUGUAUAUGUCCCCAUAUAUAUAUAUAUUUGCACACUUUUAAGGCACAGAGGAAUUUGUUUCCCUCAAGGAAAUAGUGUAUAAUCUCUCUGCUAUUGACGUCUGACCCAGAGUGAGAUAGUAAUUUGUUUAGAUUUAAUUAGGUGAUUUGUGCGUAGGUUUCAAAACUGCUCCUUUCGAAACCUGGUGACUUUUUUUUACCACACGAGACGAGUUACGUCACCAAAAACUUAAAUGGGAAUUGGGUUAACAUUUGAGCAUUGCUUCGUGAGAAUGGAAUCAGAUUUUAAAAUUUUAACGAAUGGCAUUGCCAUUUAACGUAUGUAUAUCAAAACGAAGUGGCUUGCUAUAUACAACUGUGAGUAAGUAGGUACUGAAUUGGAUUACCCAGUUAAAGUAUAAUCAUUUAGAAAACUGUACUAGACAGAUCGUAAAGUACGACAGGCAAUACCUAUAGAUCUCCCAGCUGUGUAAAUCAGGCGUCAUAAUCUGGAAUAGAACCAAGGGAAGUAUCCAUUCAAAGAGUGUCUUUCAUUUAGAGGCAUGUGACGCGAAUGAUUUAGAGUGUUACUGAUGUUAAGAUUAAGAUAUGCAGCAUACUGUGAAAAGCUCUAAGGACUAAAGAGCUAUUCCAAUUCAUCUUUAAACAAAGCAGUGCUGGAUUAAUGUGAGAGCAGGAAGUCAAUGUUCAAAAGAGGAGCAGAGAGACUUCCUAAAACCCAUCAGUUUUAAAAUAACUUGUGUCAGUUUUAUUUCCAGAUAGUCUUCAGUUUCGUUUCGCCUGUUUCAGGAAGAUUGUAAUAGAAAAGGGGGCCGAUAUGAAUUCGUAUAUGUAGAUAUUGAGACAAGACAGUCUUAAGUAAUCUUGGUUGUAAGUGACAGAUAAUUUAUUGAUGAGUACAUUCCCAUUCACAAGUACCUUUCUCUCUCUCUCUCUCUCUCUCUCUCUCUCUCUCUCUCUCUCUCUCUCUCUCUCUCUCUCUCUCUCUCUCUCUUUGUUUAUUCUCUGUAAACGUCUGUUGUCUAAAUGCACAAAUUAGUGGGACCAUUAUGUAAGGGAAACCACAUUCAACUUCGCUGUGGUCGGCCAAGUUUAUGAGUUAUUACCCACGUAAGUCAUUACGAUGAGCGCUAUGAGUUCAUUUAUGAAUGACAGCACGGACAGGCAGUUUGCGUCGUAACGGACUAAUCAGCACAUUCAUAACGAUCGUUAACGUGACAUAUUCUCUACAACACGCUGGGAUUGUUAUCAUGGCCUGUGAGGUGUUGCCUUGUCAUUUAAAAGCUGUUCUCUUCUUUUUCUUGUUAGGUAGAUAGGUAGGUAGAUACCUGAGGAGGACCUUGCAUUGCUGGCCUCUCUGGAUAGGCUUGAAAGCAAGUGCUGGUAUGGUUGCCUUUCUGAGAGGCAAUAUAUGUAUAUAUAUAUAUAUAUAUAUAUAUGAUCAUAUAAUAUAUAUAUACAUAUAAUAUAUAUAUAUAUAUAUAUAUAUAUAUAUAACAGGUCCUCUUUUAAACAGGAUGGAAUCCAACAGAGAUUCUUAUUUAUGGCUACCAGACAAUGGGGGCAGACAGCCCUUGAAAGCGUGUCACUUUAGUUUUUAGAUAAAAAUCUGUUAGAUACCAUCAUGUCUACUUGAGGUACUGGAGAUUAUAUAUAUAUAUAUAUAUAUAUAUAUAUAUUAUAUAUAUAUAUAUAUAUAUAUACAUAUAUAUAGGACAGAAUAUAUUCAUUCUGUAUUUUAUUAUGUAACUUAGUUUCUGUAAACUAAUCAAGGCAGUCUUCCCAUAAUGAUCUGAAUUUUUUUUUUUUUUUUGGUAAUUGGAUAAUUUCCAUUUUCAUUUAACUGAAAAAAUGAACCUGAUUUCGUUUUCGAGGUCACACUGUGACCCUUUAAAGACUACCAGUCCAGGUUCCAGUCAGAAAUGGUUCUGGAAAAGUUCUGGAGAAUAUUUCGUCUGAAUAUUUUCCAGUUGGUAAUUUUUCCUUUAUUUUUUAUUGAUAUCUUUUGUGGGUGGAGGGAGAAGAUUUUUCAAAUUCAUAAUUUUUCAUUUAUUGUUAUUAAUAUAUAUUUUUUGUGGGGUUGAGGGGUUGAGUGUGGAGAGAGUGGGUUGGUGUGGAAAUGUUUACCCUACUGUGGGUAAUUUUAUAAUAGUUGAAUCUAAUGUGAAUCGAGUGUUUUGAAUUUUAUUUUUGGCUGAAUUGAACAUUUUAAAUCAUAUCUUAUUUUGUUUUUGAGCCGUGAGUAGUCUAAGUAAAAGGUCACUUAUUGACCCCAUUGUGUGUGACGUGACCUAAGGUUUAAGUUCGUGACCCACCUCGUGUGAAUUGAUAGUCAUUCAGUAUUUGACCUAUUUUAAAGAACGCACAGAAAUUCAAUUUCUGACCCACUGUCCGUGCGACCUUCUGGAAAUCCUACAGAUGACCCAAUUUGUGAGCUUUGAAAAUUCAGUUUUAUAUAUAUAUAUAUAUAUAUAUAUAUAUAUAUAUAUAUAUAUAUAUUGUGUGAUUUUUUUAUAUACUGUAUGUGUGUGGUCAAAAUGUGUAUCAGUUUUAUGUCAGUUGAAUUUUAUUAUAAUCUUCCACUCGACUGUCCCACUUUAUUUAAAUGCAUUUUUUUGAAAUUGUUUUAUAUAUCUCAAUCCAAUUUUAUUUCCUUUCGUUUUCACCCAGUUUUAUCUGCGUGUGAUAAAAAAAAACUCUCUUUAUUUAAAUGGGGUUUAUAAUUAUUUUAUAUCUCCAGUUUUAUUUUCGUCAAUUUUGCGGUUUUAUAAUUAUUUUAUAUAUCCAAUUUUAUUUUCUUUAAUUUACGUUCAGCUGUGUGUGCAUGUGGUCAAAAGGUUUUAAUUUAUUUAAAAAGAAUAUUUUAUAUUUAGUCCAAUUUUAUAAAAAGAAAAAACUAUUUUAUAUCUCAGUCCAAUUUUAAUUCCAUUUCAUUAUCACGCAACUUAAUGUGCACGUGUUCAAAAGGUUUUAAUUUAUUAAACUUUUUUAUCAUUAUUUUAUAUCUCAGUCCAAUGUUAUUUUCAUUUAAUUUUCACCCAACUUAAUGUGCAUGUGGUCUAAAGGUUUUAAUUUAUUAAAUUUUUUCUAAUAUUUUAUAUCUCAGUCCAAGUUUAUUUUCCCUACUUCUCACGUACCCUGUCUUAUCUCUCUAAGACUUUUCGUAUUAUUUGCUCUAAUUUUCUUUCAUUUUCUUUCACAUACGUUGUGUGUGUGUCUCUCUCUCGCUGCAAAUAAAGAUUGUUGACUAUU